AUGGGGAAAAGGAACACGUCUAAAGAAGUAUUAAAUCCAAAAACUACAAAAUUCGAAUUCGGUGGUGUCCUUGGAUCCACCCUCAUAUCAUUGACAUUGCCUGUCUUCACUGUCGUCAUCAAUCAUCUUAUAACUCCAAAUGUAUCCAUCUCCCAUGAUCCCCUUUUCUAUUUAAACCCUUGUAAAUCUCACCAUCUUUGGAUACCUUAUCUAUCCUGGUUCAUCGUUUUGGCUGUUCUAGACAUCCUCAUGCCAGGCCAUUGGGUUAAAGGCACCGUGUUAAGAAAUGGUCAAAGACUAGAUUAUAAGAUAAACGGCAUAAGUAACUGUCUGCUACUGGUCUUUGUCUUAUCUCUAAGAUGGCAGAUGACUAAUGGCCAAAUGCCCGAACUACAAUAUCUAUACAACAAUUACAUGGAACUGAACAUCAUCACCUGCAUCUUUUCUUUCUACCUGGCCACUUGGGUCUACCUAAGAUCUUUUAUCAAUGAAAACAAAAGAAUCCUUGCCCUGGGUGGAAAUUCAGGCAACGUCCUUUACGACUGGUUUAUCGGCAGAGAAUUGAAUCCAAGAUCCAUCGGUGGACUACUGGAUAUCAAGUUGUUCUGCGAACUAAGACCAGGUAUGCUGCUAUGGUUCUUAAUCAACCUAUCCUGUUUGCACCACGUCUACCUCGAAAUAGGCACAUGGAAUGAUUCCUUAUGCUUGAUCACCCUUUUACAAUCCUGGUAUAUUUUCGAUGGAGUCCUAAAUGAAGAAGGACUUCUAUCCAUGAUGGAUAUUGUCACAGAUGGAUUCGGGUUCAUGUUGGCGUUCGGUGACUUGGCUUUGGUCCCCUUCACUUACGCCUUGCAAGCAAGAUGGUUGAGCACAAAUCCAAUUGUGUUAGGCCCAUGGAAAAUCGUCGCUAUUGUAUCUUUGAUGGCAUUGGGAUACACAGUCUUCCAUCUAUCCAAUCAACAAAAAUCGUUAUUUAAACAGGGUAAAUUACCUAAUAUGAAGUUCAUCCCUACUGAGCGUGGCACCAAGUUGUUGUGUGACGGAUGGUGGUCUGUUUCACAACAUAUCAAUUAUCUCGGCGAUUGGAUGAUUUCUUUGAGUUGGUGCUUGACUACCUGGUUUAACACACCCUUGACAUACUACUACAGUUUCUAUUUCGCUAUCCUACUUUUGCAUAGACAGAUGAGAGAUGAGGAAAAGUGUCAUAAGAAGUAUGGAAAGGAUUGGGAGGAAUACCAAAGAAGGGUUCCAUACAAGAUUAUUCCAUAUAUCUAUUGA